AUGGACGGGAAGGACUCGGUCGGACGACGAAUUUCAUUGCUGAACGAGAGCGCGGUGGGGCCCUCGAGCUACCGACCUGCGUCACAGCCAUCCUCGCUUCACUCACGAACUUCAAGCUACACCUCCACCCCUUGUCUCUCCCCCCAAACACCACAACUCGUGCGCAGCGAUUCGGCAGACUCGGCCGCCAUGAACACCCCAUCGCCCAUCACUCCGACAUACACUUUUGAUCAACGGAACCCCUCGCCAGUGUUUCCGACAAGUGCCGGCUUCUCCCCGUCCACGAAAGAGCCGCUUGCGGCUUACCCACCACCCCAUCCCCACCAUGGUGGUCCUCUACCUUACCCGACAUCGGACAUACCUCUAACCGUCUACGCACCACCGCUGGUCCCGCAAAAUCAGUCAAUGCAACCCGCGCAACCGGCGCAGGCAGCGAAGCCUCAGUCGAAGAAGAACCAGUACCCUUGUCCGAUGGCCAAGCAGUUCAACUGCUCUGACUACUUUACCACAUCUGGGCAUGCUGCACGACACGCGAAAAAGCACACCGGCAAGAAAGACGCGUUCUGUCCCGAGUGCAACAAAGCCUUCACGCGCAAGGACAACAUGGAGCAACACCGCCGGACGCAUCAGAGCGGUCGCAAUGCCGGCAAAGGGGUUGAGGAGUCCCGGGCGAAGAAGGUGAAGCAGUCGCCGCAAGCCAAACGACCAAGGCCGGCCCCUCUACAAGCCGCACCGCUCAACGUGCUUGAUCCGUCCCUGCCGAUCAGUCCAACUUCGAGCUUUGGCGCACCUGCCGUGCAACCAUACAUCUCCGAGUACCUGCAGACGUCGCCCUACAGCGAGACGUUCCCGUAUUAUCCUCAUAUGUCACCCUCUUUCGCGCACGGUCUUGAGACUCUAGCGAUCGCCGCCAGCGGAGAGAAGCGCAAGUUUGAGGCGAGCUGA